CAAGCUGCACGUUCACGCCUGUUUUCCGUUCUGGUUCCUCAGUGGUGGAAUGACUUGCCUACCACUGUCAGAACAGCAGAAUCCCUCCCCCUAUUUCGACGCAGACUCAAAACCCACCUUUUCAAACUCUACCUUAGUCCUCCCUCCUGAUUUCCCCUGCCCCUUCUUUCUGAUAUCCCUAUCCUUGUCUAACCCCCCCCCCCCAAAAAAAAAUUAAAAAUAAAUAAAAAUUGCACUUAUGAUGACGAAUAUGUUUAGAACAGCAUUCCAUGUGUAUUUUCCUAGUCCUGGAUGUGAUGCUUUGACUUGUGGUAGAACCUAUGCACUUGUAAAUCGCUUUGGAUUAAAAGCGUCUGCCAAAUGACUAAAAUGUAAAAUGUAAAUAUCAGCCUUUAUCUAAUUUCCGUGUUCGCGAAUGCAGAAGCGUGAUUAUAUAAAACCUCUGGGUAGGACGCUUAACUAUGGCGUCAUUGAGCCGUCACCAGAUUAAUUUAAACUGCCUCAGUCUAAGGAGAUGCUGGCUCAGCUCGUCGGGAGGAAGUAUAUAGUGAAGUGCUACAGCCACAGUUUUGCUGUUGGAUUCUAGACACAGGUGCCCAAGUCAGUGUGACCGCCAGUGGGUGAAAACCUACCUCCAUACGUCCACUAGAUAAACGAAUAGGAAAGAAAGCUCUCAGUGCAUAACACAUUUCAGAGCAAUGCAGUAGGCUACGGCUUUCGCUUUCUUCACAUCCGAAGUUCCGUGGAAUCAAGUGUAGAAGACGGACACCACAUCUUCGGGGAUUCGUUGCAAAACUAAUGUCAGUCGGUUAGACUGUGGGAAUUAUUCAUUAAUGCGUGCAUCUGAUUAACCACAGUCAAUAAACAACAUUUGAGUUGAAGAUAAAGUUGUUGGUGAUUGACAACCCCUCAUAGGGUGAAUUCAGGUUGUUAGCUGCUUAUCGUAUCUGUCACGUCUGAAAAGAUGAAGAUUUUAAACAAGGCUGAAUUACAGCAAGCAGAAAAGGUCCUGCACUCACACUUACCAAAAAGUAUCAAGGUCUAUGGAUUUCUGUUUGCGAUGAAUAGAGACAAACCACAUACACUAGAGGUUGUUGUGGACUACUGGCCUGAUUUUAAAACCAUUAUUUGUCGACCGCACUCACAGAGUGAACUGCUUUAUAAAAAAGUGAUUUUAUUCAGUACUGAUGAGAAGACUCUUAAGAGAAUGUUGACAGAAGACAACUGCUUAGACUGGAAUCAAUACUUCAAAAUUGGGGGGAUGGACAACCAUCAUGCCACCAUGUUGAAGGCCAUCUCCGAUGCAAAAGGAGUCACAUUCAGACAGCUUUCAAUUGUCCAUCUCCUGGAAUUACGAGACCCAAGUCUCCUUCCUCAGCUGACCGUGAGCAGAGAUGUGGAGGCCAGGAUCUCCUCUCUGAAUGAAUCCCAUGUCGGGUUGGUGAAUGAAACCUGGAAACUUGGAGGUGAUGAAAAAGGUUCUCAACGAAUCAAACAUCUGAUAAGCCACUUCCCCACAUGUUGCAUCACUGAUGAAGAAGGCCGUCCAGUUUCCUGGGUGCUGCUGUAUGAUUACUGUGCCAUGGGGUUGCUAUACACCCUGCCAGAGCACAGGGGGAAGGGCUAUGCCAAGAUCCUGGUGAGCACCAUGGCAGCUAGGCUCCAUGCCCAGGGUUACCCUGUGUACUGCUACAUCGAGGAGGAGAACCAGGUCUCCUACAGGCUCUUUAAGAAACUGGGCUUUACUGAGGACCCCUCCUACAGGGCUGCCUGGUAUGAGUUCAACUACUGAACCAGUAUUUCUUAUGUGGAAAUUUAGAAAGUGAGGUGAGGUGACUUUAGUCAACCCCUUGAUAAAACAUCUGGCAGUAUGGCUGGAACUCAGUCAGGUAGGAAAAGCUAAUGUUGGUUUGGGAAGGAAAAAUGCACCCUUGUCCUGGAAUGUCUCAAUCAAGCCAGGGAAACACAUGUGACUUCAUCCUAUUGGCAAUCCUAUAGUGUGUCUGUCAGUACCAAGCACACCCACCUCAUUAGGUGGAAAAUUUACUUUCACUCCAUCCACCUGCAUCGUCUUUGCUCAAGACAUGUAAGAGUUGAACUGGCCGUUUCCCGAUAAUGGUGUCUCUUAGCGUUUUACGAAGACUCGAAAGGUAUACCUUACUAAAGUUUUUUUACUUUUCUCAGCGUGUUUCCUGAGCUAUACCUGAGGAGGUUUUUUAGGGAUAGCUUCUAUGUGCGAAGUUACUAGGCCCAUCGACUACUCCAGGUUAUUCCGAUUAUUCACUCCAUGCAGCGACUGCUUGACUGCGUGAUGAGAGAAAGUAGGGCUAUUUAUGAAUAACACACGACAGGAAUACUUACAAAUAUUGCAUCUAUCAUGACUGGUGGGACCUUAUAAAUAGAAUUGAAAACUUACAAACUGACUUAUCCAACCAUAUAUACAAUUUUCGCCAAAUGUGUGUAAGAACACGGCACCUCAGAUUGUGGUAUCACACCUCGUCCCACUGCGCCACCUGGCAAUACACCUUUGGCAUGUCAUGUUUUAUUUACAUUAUUUUAAUAUCUGUUGUGGUGCCUUAAAUGACUUUGCAAUCAGGGUUGAUUUGCCAGAAGCACCAUCACAUUACUGUUGUAAUUCACUAUUUUCUCUGAUUGGCUGACGUUUUCAAUAAAAGCAUACCAACAAGCAAAAUGCACCAACACGACAACAACAUAAGAUAUGGCGGGAAAAAACCAAAGAAAGAAGCACUCCCAUAGGUUCACAGCAAACGAGAUGGAGAUGUGGCACUGAAUAAAGAAACAUUCUUUUUCAGUUUUAGGAAUAUGCUGUCGAACAAAACCAAGAAGACACGAUGGUUAAACAUUGCUCCAGCCCACAGAGAGAGGGGGAAAUCGUCAGUUUCUAAAUAGGCAAUUAAGCUACAUAUUCAAUAAAGUGCAACAUGGAUCCAUUGUAAUGUACAAUUUUAUUCUUUGCAUGAAAACACACCCAUUAAUGUGGUAUUUUAGUAUCAUUAUUAGGCAAUUACAACUGUAGAAUUAUUUGUGUACAUAUUACAUUAUUGGAAUUUGGCAGACGCUCUUAUCUAGAGCGACAUACAGUUGAUUAGACUGGAGACAAUCCUCCCCUGGAGCAUUGCAGGGUUAAGGGCCUUGCUCAAGGGCCCAAUGGCUGUGCGGAUGUUAUUGUGGCUAUACCUGGAUUAGAACCACUGACCUUGCGUGUCCCAGUCAUUUACCUUAACCACUAUGCUACAGGCCGCCCCGUUGCUUAAUUGCUUAACAAAUUGAGAUGUAACUAGGAGCAACAUUUCAGAGGCUUGCUUUCUUAACAGUGGUGGCCACUCAUGGAGUGAGCUGACAACAUUGAUAUGGUGUAGCUAAGAGUGGUCCAGACCAACCUUCCGAAAUGACCACUUACAGAAGGUAUACUUAGUUAAGAACGUUUCCGGAAACAUGCUGAAACGUUAAGGUAGAGCUUAAGGUAUAACGAACGACGUAUCGUUAAGAAGGCUUCGGGAAAUGCAGCCCUGUGAUAUAUUAAUGUUCCUCAGCCAGUCCUUAUCAGCUGGAAGAUAACUUCCAAAUGUUCAGUUAUAAAUCAUUUUGGGAGGAUAUACGUGAAUUUGUUGCCAAUUAAUUCUUGUCACAUUCUUUCCACAAAGAAUUAGGGAUCUAAUGACUGUGUUAGAAGGUGAUAGCACAGAGGACAACUGUAUAAUAUCAAAGAUCCUGUCCAGCCACUCUCUUGGUUUUGAAGUGCUAUCUCGCCAUGAUAUAAGGAUGUACAGUAUACAUACUCUAAUUGUUACAUACCCAAAGUUACAUCUGAGACUGCUCAUCAUUCCAGAGCCCUACUCCACAAUCCUGAUUGUCGGUUGAUUGUAAUAUCUGUAUUUUUCCUAUCAGCAAAAAUCAAUCAGAAUGCAUAACAAUAUGUAUCCUCUUCUGUAGGCUGUGCCUCCAGAGCAGUGCUGUGUUAGAAGCUUUUGAGCCCAUCAUCAGUUGGUCUCCUGAAGACAAACUAAUCCACUGCACCGGCUACCAAACCCAUUUAGAUUAUUCAUUAUUUUGUAAGCGUAGCUGCAAACCCAAAAGCUGACAGGUUAGCAUUGUUAUAGUGUCAGAAGCUAUCUUUACAAUGCAUAUGAAUUUUCUGUUUCAAGGGUUGACUAAUGUCAGAUCCCAAAUCCUCUGUGUAAUUUUCAAACGCUCAAAAUUACAACAAAUUAUUUUG